CAAGCUGUUGGCUCCAGAACCGCGACCCAAACGCGCGCGAGCAACUGGCCCUGCGACACAAGAGCGCGGCCUACAGAAGAACCUCAUGGGGCUUUGUGCAGGAAAGCAUGACCUGAAAGGGCAAGUGAUCGUUCACGAACCGGCUCACAAGCAGCCUGCAUCACAUACCUAUCCCUGCGACGAGGGCAGGACGCCAAUGAAGGCAGAGAGCAUCACCAGAAGUCAACUCAUCUUGAGCCAUGCUGGGGACAUCCAAACGAUGUACACCUUGCAGGGCUCCAAGAUUGGCGAAGGCACCUAUGGUUCCGUGGCCAUUGGCGUGCACAACAGCACCAAAGCGCAGCGAGCCAUCAAGACGAUGUCCAAGGCAAAUAUGAAGCACGUGGUCCGUUUCCAGCAGGAGAUCGCGAUCAUGAAGUCCAUGGACCAUCCAAAUAUCAUUAAGCUCUAUGAGACCUUCGAGGAUCGAAAGCACAUCUACCUGGCCAUGGAGCUUUGUACUGGUGGCGAGCUUUUCGAUCGCAUCAUCGAAGUGGGGCAGUUCACGGAACGUGAUGCGGCCAUCACGGUGCAGCAGAUGCUCUCCGCCGUCUUCUACAUGCACAAGCGGCAGGUCUGCCAUCGAGACCUUAAACCUGAGAACUUCCUGUUCUUGACAAAAGGUCCGAUCGCCAGCAAUCUCCUGAAAAUCAUUGACUUUGGCCUCUCCAAAUGCUUCGACCACGACGUGCCCAUGAACACCAAAGCUGGAACGCCUUACUACGUGGCUCCUCAGGUGCUUUCAGGUAAGUAUGAUAGUUCCUGUGAUUUGUGGAGCUGCGGAGUCAUCAUGUACACUAUGUUGUGUGGCUACCCGCCCUUCUAUGGCAAGACGGAUCAAGAAGUACUCAGUAAGGUGAGAAAGGGAAGCUACCAGUUUGAGCCCAAGUACUGGAGACACAUCUCACAAGAUGCCAAGAAGUUGAUCGGAAUGUUGCUGAAGUUCGAGCCAGAGCAGCGGUAUACGGCGGAGCAAGCCUUGCAGGACACCUGGAUCAAGGACCGAGCACCUCGGGCCGAGAACAUCAGCUUACAGGAUCGCAUCGUCCACAACUUGAAGAGCUUUAGGUCGAAGAACAAGUUGAAGAAGGCGGCCUUGAACAUCAUCGCUGGGCAGAUGAGCGAGGCGGAGAUCGCCGACCUGCGUGAGACCUUCAAGGCCUUGGACGCCAACGGCGACGGCUUCCUGACCGUCACCGAGCUCCGGGACGGCAUCGACCAGGCCCAGCUGCGGCAUCCCCUUCUGGAUUUGGAUGCCGUGGUAGAGGGAGUUGAUGCAGAUGGGAGUGGCCUUAUAGAUUACACGGAGUUCCUGGCCGCCACAUUGGACAAGAGAGUCUACCUCCAGCGGGACGUGUGCUUCUCCGCCUUCGCCGUCUUCGACCAGGACGGCGAUGGACGCAUUACGCUCGAGGAGCUCAAGCAGAUCCUGGAGAACGGUGAAGUGGAGCAAGUGAUGGACGGCUGCAAGUCGGAGGAUUUGCUGCGGGAGGUGGACCAAAACGGCGAUGGUUCCAUCGACUUCGAGGAGUUCAUGGAGAUGAUGCGUGGGGGGCGUUCCAUGUCGCUCUCCAUGGAGACCACCACACCCAAGUCCAAGGUGAGCCACCCACGGUCUCCGAACUUAUUGAGAUCUCGCAGCAAAGCCAGUCGACACGACAGGGUGCUGAAGGAGAAGGAAUCUGCGCUGGAGGCUUAAUGAGGAGCCGAGCCGGUCCAGUUUGGCUGGCAUGGGCUGGCUGCAAGCUAGGCCCUGGAAGUCCA